CACCAUUACUUCAAGUACUGCAAGAUCUCGGCGCUGGCGCUCCUGAAGAUGGUGAUGCACGCCAGGUCGGGAGGCAAUCUGGAGGUGAUGGGGCUCAUGCUGGGUAAGGUGGACGGGGAAACCAUGAUCAUCAUGGACAGCUUCGCCCUGCCGGUGGAGGGCACCGAGACUCGCGUCAACGCUCAGGCGGCCGCCUACGAGUAUAUGGCUGCGUACAUUGAAAACGCAAAGCAGGUUGGUCGUCUAGAAAACGCAAUUGGCUGGUAUCACAGUCACCCUGGCUAUGGCUGCUGGCUCUCUGGGAUCGAUGUCAGUACCCAGAUGCUUAAUCAGCAAUUUCAAGAACCCUUUGUAGCAGUGGUUAUUGAUCCAACAAGAACAAUAUCUGCAGGAAAAGUAAAUCUUGGAGCAUUUAGGACAUAUCCUAAGGGCUAUAAACCUCCAGAUGAAGGUCCCUCUGAAUACCAGACUAUUCCGCUUAAUAAGAUAGAAGACUUUGGUGUACAUUGUAAACAGUAUUAUGCUUUAGAAGUCUCGUACUUUAAAUCAUCUUUGGAUCGUAAAUUGCUUGAGCUUUUGUGGAACAAGUACUGGGUGAACACUCUCAGUUCUUCUAGUUUGCUUACUAAUGCCGACUACACCACUGGCCAAGUGUUUGAUUUGUCUGAAAAAUUAGAACAGUCAGAAGCUCAGCUUGGAAGGGGCAGUUUCAUGCUGGGUUUAGAGACUCAUGAUAAGAAAUCAGAAGACAAACUUGCAAAAGCAACAAGAGACAGGUAA